AUGCGAAUAGACAAAAUCCGCCAGACGGCGCGUCGCCACGCAUGGUACCACAACUUCGAGGACAGCGAUGGCCCCAGGACCUACAACUUCUUCGGCAGGAUCGACACGCGCCGCAAGCCCAAGACCGAUGAGGAGAACCAGCUGAGGCAGAUAUCGACGGAGAACGAUGCGACAUCACCCGUACAGGAGCGGAGGAGACAGGACAAUGCACCGUGGCCACCCCCAGACAGAGCGGGCACCUUCCCGCAGGACAGACAACACGGCGACUACACCCAGCACGACCGCGGCGAUUUCAGCUCCAGCGAGAACGCGAGGAGCCUCGACACAGACGAGAAGACCGGCUCCAAGGCACCCGAACACGCACCCGAAGGGACCAUGGAGCAGUCGGUGACCUCCAACAGCCAGAACGGCAAGCCGAGGAAGCGCAACAAGUUUCUCGGCAUCAUAGGCAGGAAGGAGGAGUCAGAGGAGGGCAACGAGGAAGAGGAGGAGAAGAAGAAGAAGAAGAAGAGGAAACCAUCGCCGAAGUUGACCGUCAUGAGCCAGGUCAAGGCCGUGUUCUUGUCGUGGAUCAACAUCCUGCUGGUCUGCGUUCCCGUCGGAAUUGGCCUCGAAUACUCGGGCGUCAACAAGGUGGUCGUCUUCGUCAUCAACUUUCUCGCCAUCAUCCCUCUGGCCUCGAUUCUGUCAUACAGCACCGAAGAAUUGGCCUUGUACAUCGGAGAAGUCUUGGGCGGCCUGCUGAACGCGACAUUCGGAAACGCCGUCGAGCUCAUUGUCAGUAUCAUCGCGCUGGUCCAAGGUCGAGUCCUCAUCGUGCAGACUUCCUUGAUUGGGAGUAUGUUGAGUAACUUGCUCCUCGUCAUGGGCAUGUGCUUCUUCUUCGGCGGUAUCAAUCGUCCCGAGCAGUACUUCAACAUCACCGUGGCGCAGACGGCAUCCUCGCUUCUGGCUCUCGCAAUCGGCAGUCUCAUCAUCCCGACCGCAUUCCGCAUCUUCGCCGAUGUCGACACCGGCGUCACGCCCACGUCGCGUGGGACAGCGGUCCUGCUUCUCGUGACUUACGCAUGCUACCUGUUCUUCCAGCUGAGGACCCACGUCGAAAUGUACAACGAGCCCAGCAAGAAAGUGCCCAAGCGAUCGACGGGAAAGAAAGAGGCGGGAGACGCCCUCAAGGGGAUCGCCACGGUCGGUGCCGCCAGCGGCGCAGCUACUGCGGGCGGAUCGAUCAACCGGGAGAAUCUCGUGCAUGACGCCGAGGAAGAGGAAGAGACUCCCCAGCUCACGCGACUGGGAGCCAUCGUCACACUCGCCAUCUCCACGGUCUUCAUCGCCCUCUGCGCGGAAUACAUGGUGUCCGCGAUCAACGUGGUCUCGAAAGACGUUUCUCAGGAAUUCAUCGGUGAGUCAAGCGCUGCAUCUACAUGUGCGAACUGUUACUGACGAGAAUCUAGGUCUUAUCCUGCUUCCCAUCGUCGGGAACGCAGCAGAGCACGCAACUGCCGUCACCGUCGCCAUCAAGGACAAGAUGGAUCUCUCGAUCGGUGUCGCAGUCGGCUCAUCGCUGCAGAUUGCUCUUCUGGUCUUGCCUCUGAUGGUCAUGCUCAACUGGUGGGGUGUCGGCGCUCCCGCGGACCUCGAUCUCAACUUUGACGGUUUCCUCAUCGUUGUCCUGGUCAUUGCCAUCUGGCUCGUCAACUACCUGAUUGCGGACGGCAAGAGUCAUUGGCUCGAGGGCGUUCUGCUCAUGAUCACGUACGUCAUGAGAUUCCUGACCAGCCUGCCGGUCUCUCAGCUAACGAGUGUUACAGAUACCUCAUCAUUGCCAUUGCGGCCUGGUUCUAUCCCGCCAAGGGCGACGUCGCCGGUUGA